AUGGGCGUGCAGCCAGGCACGCUGCCGCUCUACGUCCACCGGUCGGAGCCCCACCAGGAAAAGACGCUGCGGAGCCUCUCGAAACGCUCGCGCUUUCGUCGGCCGCACCGGCGCCACCAGCACCACCAGCCGUACGGACCGUCCACGGCCAUUGAGCUGCCCGAAGACGUGCGCGUGCUCAAGCAGAAGAUCCUCGAGACGCACCCGACGAAACUCACGCGCUUUAGCCUCAGCCACAUGCGCCACCGCGCGAUUCCGCCCGUGCUGAUCCCCGAGACGCUGAACGACCGACGAGCGGUGCGGACAGUCGUGUCCGGCAAGAGCGUCCCACUGACGAUGCACAUGUGGACCAAUUGCAAGCGCAAGGCCAAGCACAUGGACAUGAUCGACGAGUGUGUCACGUACCGGUGA